UGAACAAGCUACAGCGGCGCGCUCUGCAUUGUUCACUGCAGAGCUGCUGCACGGCGUGUUUACUCGUCUCCGUGUUUGUGCAACGAUUAUUAAAAGAAAAAUGCCAGCCACCCGCUCCAAGAAACUGGCAGCCCAGCCUCCAUGCACCAGGAUGAACUUGAGGAGCUUUCGCAGUGUCCCUCUGGUUCCCAUGGAGACCUCCUCUUCAUCCUCGGAUGACAGCUGUGAUAGCUUUGGCUCUGACGGAGGGUUUGCAAAUACGAGGAGCGGCUUAAGACAGACUAGGAGGACACCCAGGAAACUGACAGUGUUUCAGGCUUCAUCAGAGGAGGACACGUGCAGCGGGUUCGAGGAGAGUGUGAUCAACAGUCAGAUGAAAGCCAUGAAAGUAGAGUCUCCUAAACGUGGUCGCAGGUCCGCUGUCCUGAAGGUUGCCAUGACAUUCCCCGCCAAGAAGACGGGCAAGAAGAGGCCUGCGUCCGAACCACUCCCCCAGCCUAAAGUGGAGGACUCCGACUCUGAGGAAGAGGAGAACUUCAUGAGCAAGAGAGCCCUGAAUAUUAAAGAGAACAAAGAAAUGCUUGCAAAACUCAUGGCGGAGCUGAACAAAGUACCCGGACUCUUCCCAAGACGGAUGGCAAUGUCCGCAUCCACUACGCCUCGACAGGCACCUCGGCGAUCCGCAGGAACUCCAAGAACUCUUAGGAGAAACCCGGAGCGUGUGUCUCGACCCCACACGCGGUCCCGCACACUGGUGGACGGACCCCCCAGCCCGACUCCAGAGGAAGAGCCUGAGGACAAGUUCUGCCUGGUUCGCAAAAGCCGCUACUAUGAGGAAGACGAUGAGCCGCCCCGUCGUCGUUCCUUCAAUGGUACCAAGGCCAUCCCUCAUGUAGUGCGGCCCGUGGAUGAGAUCACAGAGGCAGAGCUUGAGCGCAUCUGCUUCAACGUGCGGGAGAAAGUCUACAACAGCUCCACUGGAUCCACAUGCCACCAGUGCCGCCAGAAAACAGUUGACACCAAAACCAACUGCCGUAAUCCAGAGUGUGUUGGUGUCAGGGGCCAGUUCUGUGGCCCCUGUCUCCGUAACCGCUAUGGAGAGGAGGUCCGAGAUGCUCUGCUGAAUCCAGAGUGGCAUUGCCCGCCAUGCAGAGGGAUUUGUAACUGCAGCUUUUGUCGGGCCCGAGAAGGUCGCUGUGCUACCGGAGUGUUGGUGUACCUGGCUAAAUAUCAUGGAUAUGAUAAUGUGCACGCCUACCUUAAAAGCUUGAAAAAGGAGCUGGAAGAGAGCAGCAACUGAAGCGUUAUGGUGCUGAUCCUGGACCUGACGUUCUGCGGCCAUUUUUACGUACGCACAGUUCAAUUAUUCUUCAUGGUGUUUAAAGCAUUAUAACAGUUCUCAAUGUUGUUCCCGUUUCUGAAAUUUCACAUUGUUUUUGAGCAUCGACUCUGUUUUUGAGAUUGACAUUUGGAGGAGGCGCUCACAGCCGCUUCUCUCCGGCCGAAUGCUUGCUUUGUUUUUGUUCCAAAACUUUUUUGCUGCAGGCUCUAAAGAGCUGAGCCGUUACGUUUAGACUUGCUGAUGUUAAACAAAAUUGGACCAAAAAAACAGGAAAAUGUUCUAACCUUAAGGUAUGCUAUACAGGACUGUAGAUUGUUUGUAAAAACUCGUUAUUUUUUUCCUCGCUAUUUUUGAGGGGUUUUUUUUCUGUGCCGUAUCUCUUUGGUGCCGGCUGUUUAUGGUCUGGCACCUGGUCUCUGCCUUUUUUAUCAAGCUCUGACCUCACCUAGACACACAUUUCUGUUGAGUCAUAGAUGUUGAUUGAGAUGGAUGACUUAUAUAUGAGUCUUAACAUUUUUUAGGAAAGUCCUGCAUAGUUUAUACUUUAGUCAUUUUUUUGCAUUUCUUUGAGAUCUUACAUGUGUUAAGACGGUUGAUGUAAAAAUCCCCACAGCACGUAAAAAAAAUCCUUUUUUAUAGCUGAAUCAUUCUUCUGUUCCUGCUGCAAAGCGAUCAGGCUCGCUUAGAUGAUCUACUGUAUUUUACAUUGUUUUAAAUGUAUUGCUUUUACUCUGCCUAUUUGGACCCAAUUGGCCUUAAAUUGAUUAAUCUGUGCCUUUUUUUUCUAGUUGCAAAUGUAUGCUUGUGUUUUUACAAGUUGUGUAGCCUUUUGUAAAUCUGCUGAAAGUGUUAAUGAAAAAAAAAAAGACAACAAAUGUUUGCUUUUGUUGGGAUGUCCUGUAGAAUUGGCCCAAUGAUCUGCAUGCGAGUGAGGUGGUGCAGGUGGAAAGGGCACAAACUCUGGGGUCCACUGCCUCUCCCAUCUAAACCGAGAGGAGCUGUGUGAUAUACUACAGCGCCUGGUUAAAUAUCCUUCAUUAGAUAACUGUCACUAAUGGUGUGGAAACAAUUAGCACACUCUAAUGGGAAUCUCAUACCUGUAAAUCAUUUUAUCCUGUUAAAGCACAUUCUCGCUCUG